UGUCCUCUUCCCCUUUCCCGCCCCGGCCCACGGUGCGAGGCUGGGAGCCGCCGCCCGGGCCGCGCCGCGCUGUCUCUGAAGGGCACAAGUCAGAGCACGCCAUGCCUAACAAAGAUACCAGCAGUCUUAACAGCUCGGCAGCAGGGCUCAUCUGCCUCCCUCCAAUCUCUGAGGAGCUGCAGCUUGUGUGGACUCAAGCAGCGCAAACCAGUGAGCUGGAUGGAAAUGAACACCUGCUACAAACCUUCAGCUACUUUCCCUAUCCAAGCCUGGCAGAUAUUGCUCUCCUCUGCCUGCGAUACGGGCUACAGAUGGAGAAGGUAAAGACCUGGUUCAUGGCCCAACGCCUCCGCUGUGGCAUCAGCUGGUCAUCUGAAGAGAUAGAAGAGACUCGCGCCCGAGUGGUGUACCACAGAGAUCAGCUCCAUUUCAAAUCUCUUCUCGCUUUCACGCAUCAUGCAGUGCAGCCCCCACAGGAGAUGCCUCCAGUGCCCUCCCCAGAACAGGCUGCUCUUGGACUCUGUCCUUUGGCUCGUAGUGAGCCCAUCCAGAUGAAAGGAUUGAAGGUUGAGCCUGAGGAACUCUCUCAGGUACCACAGCUGCCACAGAGUCACCAGAAAGUGAAGGAACCUCUGGUGACAGGCAGCAGAGCAUUCUCCCGCCAGUCAGGUUUUUGUCAGGAUCUUCAGAUCAGUGGACUCUCUGAGGAGCAUGCAGAAAUGGGUUCCGAUCAGUCAUGUGGUGGAGGGACUGCUUCCUGGAAUCAUUCCACCGCUGUCCAUCAGCCAUGUGCUGGGGAUAAACCCCCGUCGGUCUCAUUACUUGUCAGUAGUUGUAAGGAAGAGUCCACACCUAAUGGGACACCUCCAUCUCCCUCUUUCCAAGUAUCAGCUAAUGGAACUACUGCUACUCCUAAACCCCUCCAGCCUUUGGGCUAUAUCCCACAGUCAUUCCCACCUAGUGAACAGGCACCAUCGACACAGGUAGAACCACCCUGGCCCCAAAGGCUACGAAAUAACUCAGUAGCAAGUAGGGUUGGCCCCACAGAAUACCUUUCGCCAGAUAUGCAACACCAGCGAAAGAAUAAGCGUAAAACCAAAGAACAGCUGGCCAUCCUCAAAUCCUUUUUUCUACAGUGCCAAUGGGCACGACGAGAAGAUUACCAUAAAUUAGAACAGAUCACUGGUUUACCUCGCCCUGAGAUCAUUCAAUGGUUUGGAGACACCCGAUAUGCCUUGAAGCAUGGACAGCUGAAAUGGUUUCGGGACAAUGCAGUACUUGGUACCUCUACUUUUCAAGAUCCAGCCAUUCCCACAACAUCAACUCAUUCCUUGAAAGAAUGGGCCAAGACACCACCUCUGCCAGCCCCACCACCCCUACCAGACAUACAGCCUUUAACACCACCUCUGCCAGCCCCACCACUCCCACCAGACAUACGACCUUUAGAGAGGUACUGGGCAGCCCACCAGCAGCUGCAGGAAGCUGAUAUCCUUAAACUAAGUCAGGUAUCAAGACUUAGCACUCAGCAAGUGCUGGAUUGGUUUGGCUCUCGAUCGUCUGAGCCAGCAGAGGUGGUAGUUUGUCUAGAUGAAGAGGAGGAGGAAGAGGAUGAAGAACUGCCAGAAGAUGGUGAGGAAGAGGAGGAGGAAGAUGAUGACGAUGAUGCCAUAUAGGACUGCAGGAGGUUGAGGAAGAAAAGGGAUCUUUCUUGGGGACAGAAGGACCAUGGUCUUCUAACUCAAUGAUGUUCUAGAAUAAAUGUCAACACUAGGGAUCACUGGUAACAGUGGGUUAGUCACCUGAAAAUAGAGUGAAAGCCCCAAAUUGCUAAAAUAAAAAAAAGGCCAAAAAUAAAAAUUUUUCUUUUCUCUACUUUGCUGCUCCUAUGGUUUAAAGAUCUCUAUGUAUAUAUACACACAUGUAUCAUG